AUGGAGGAGUAUGCGCGUGAACCCUGUCCCUGGAGGAUAGUGGAUGACUGCGGAGGUGCUUUCACCAUGGGCGCAAUUGGAGGAGGGGUGUUCCAGGCAAUCAAGGGCUUUCGAAAUGCCCCUGCAGGUGUCGGACACAGGCUGAGAGGCAGUGCAAACGCAGUUAGGGUAAGAGCCCCACAGAUUGGAGGUAGCUUUGCUGUUUGGGGAGGACUCUUCUCCACUAUCGACUGUGGUUUAGUUCGCAUAAGAGGGAAAGAAGAUCCCUGGAACUCCAUAACAAGUGGUGCACUAACUGGAGCCAUCCUGGCAGCACGCAGUGGGCCAUUAACUAUGAUGGGCUCUGCCAUGAUGGGAGGAAUUUUACUUGCUCUGAUUGAGGGUUUCGGGAUCCUCCUAACCAGAUACACAGCACAGCAGUUUCAGAACCCUAUUCCCUUUGUAGAUGACCCCAGUCAGUUACCUCCAAAGGAUGAUGGUCAGCAGGGGUCAAAGGGGGAGUUUCAGUAGAAGGAGACAAGAACUGAGACCAGCUGUGGACACAGUGAGUCAGACCAGACAGUUGGAGGUCACCUGACACUAAACCAGGUAUCAUGAUGGCCAGAAGAUGGAGGGACUGGUUCUUACAGUGGUAUCAAGUAGUUGCACUAUGUGUUUAUACCUCAGGGGAAAUAAUUACUGUGAGUUCCUGUUAUUUAUGAGUGAAUGUGUGUGAAUAAGGAUCCUUAUGAGACACUUCAAUAAUGUUUGCACUAACAGAAUCACAUGCAAUCACAUUUUCUAUAUUUAUGAUAUUGUUUCAUCACUGCGACUGUUUGGAAUGAAGUAUACAAUGGUGAAAUGUAUAUAUAAAGUUAAUUUGAUUAUUCAACAUCAAGUCAACAUCUACAAGUAUCUACUAAAAUAUUUUUUGGCAUUUUAGGAAAUAUGCUUAUUUGCUUUCUUGCCAAAGCAUUAGAAGAAAGGAUUGAUACCACUGUCAUGUUUGUACAGUGAACAUAAAGCUGGAACCAGCAGCCGGUUAGCUUAGCUCAGCAUAAAGACUGUAAUCAGGGGGAAACGGCUAGCCUGGCUUGACCAAAGCAAAGGUGACUACCAGCACCUCUAAACCUCACUAUACGACUCUUAUGUCUUAUUUGUUUAAACAAAGCCGAAGAGUAAAAACAAUAAUUUUCCAUUUUAUGGGGGGUUAUGUGCCUGACUAUUUCUUGGCCAGGUGCAGUGAUUUACAGGAGUCUUGUCAUUACUGCGAGGUUGCCAGGCAACAAGUGAAAACUGGAGAACGUCACUACUUACAGCCAAGAAACAGUCCAGCACAUAACCCACUGUAAAAUGAUGAAUGGAUGUUUUUACACUUCGGUUUUUGUACGGAUUAAUCAAAGACCAUUUCUUGACAUGUUGAACCAUUUUCUUAGCUUCCAAAAAUGGCACAAUCACAUGCACAGAUGUAUUAAACAGUAAAGCCAUUGUUUUAAUGGCUGCAAUGUAGAAAGGUAGAAUAAUAUGAAAAAUUAGACGUCUGUGAAGUUGCUCAGUGAGAUUUUACCAAUUCAGAUUGGUACUCUGGAAAUCUGUUUCCAAAUCUUUGCUUGUGUGUCAGCUGCGACAAUCAAUGCAAAAAACUGUGUACAUUUCAUUUUAAAUUAUGCGUGCUAAAGAUGGGUUGUGGCUCAGUAAAACCUCAUUCUUGUUCUGUGUUUGCAGUUUCUCUUAAGUCAUUGCCCCCCCUGGCAGCUUUGGUAAUUUCAAAUCUUUGUUGGAUAGUAAUUAUCUUAAAUACUAGAGUGAAUGAGCAGAAAUCAUGUCUUCUUUGCAGUGUUGAAACCAUGAAUGAGCUCUUUGAAAUGAUUGCUAGAAUUACUCUGGCAUUUAUCUUUGCACUGUUGCUCAGAGUUUAAAUGAGCUAGUGAUCCGAGGACCUUUCAUCACUUUGAUCGCUGCGUUAUCCAUCAAGCAACCAAGCACUUUGAAAUCUCUCUGUUGUUUUCUUAAAAAUGAAAGCUUCUUUUACAGCAGAGAGAGGUGAUUUAAGCAGCAUGAUCAUGUGUUUUGCUGUAAAGCUAUAAAAU